GAAUGUAACUCUUUUAACACCUCAGAGCUGGCUUCUAGGGACAUAUUUUCUGCAAUGAGGCCACACCUCCUAAGCCUCCUAAGCCUAAACCGCACCAACUGGGUCUCAAGUGUUCAAAUGGCAGAGACUAGGGCAGGCAUCUCAUGCAGACUGCAGCCUUAACUGUACUCGUCAAGUAACCACAGACCAUGGACAUUGAGACAUUGGAACUUCUAGGACCAUUAUUUUCCCCGUACACACAUAAUAAUUUACAUAGUUAUCUAUAUCACCAUAUUUAGUAUUGACUUACAGUUUAUUCAUUUUUGGUGUUCCAGAGAUGGCCCCAUAUGGCUGAAGAUGAUCUUGAAUUUCCAACCCUCCUGCCUAAACCCCAAGUGCUGGAUUAUAAUAAGUGUGCCCCAUACCCCUAGAUGUAUCCAGUGCUGGAAAUCAAACUCGGGGUUUCUUACUUACUGGGUGAGCACUCCUCCAUGAGGGAAUGCGGUGUUUUAAUUUUCUUCUGCUUUAUGCAAAUUGAGUAUUAUACAUCUUUUUUUUUUCCCCAAAUUGGUAGGACAGUCUUAGGGUCAAGCUUAUAAAUGGUGUAUGUGUGUGUGUUUAAGCCAGGGGGUCAAUAUCAGGUUUCUUUCUUAGGUGCCACCUACCACGUUUUCUGAGACAGAGGCAUAUCAAACACAGCAGCAAAUGGGAUUUGUUUAAAAAACUAUUUCAGAGCAAAGCAAACCGGAGGUGAAGCCUAUCCGGUGCAGAACUUCAAGUCUCACUCCUUAGAAGGCACAGACACAAGACUAGAAGUUUGUUUCACAACCCGUCAGUGGGAUCUUUCUAGUUAAAAAUUAUUUAUUUAGUGGUGUUAGGGAUUUAACCUAAGGCUUCAUGAAGGCAAGGCAAGCAUGCUAUUAGCUGAGCUACACCUCCAACCCCAAAAUCAGAUUUUUAAAUUUAAUUAUGAGUGUGUGUGUGCGCGCGCGCGCAUAGGGAGUGCAGUGCCAUAGAGAUCAGAAAAGACCUGCAGAUCUCCCUGGAGUUGAGUUUGAGGCAGUUUCGAACCGCCCAGCUCGGUUCUGAAAACCAAACCCAGAUCGUCUGCGGGAGCAGUACACAGUCUUAACCAACACACACUCUUAAGCGCUGAGCCAGCCCCCUCCCAGGCUCGCCUAUGGUGUUUGUAAUACAGCGAAGAACAAAGAUUAUUGUUCCGUGUGUCCCCCUGUCCGCUGCCCCGCACAAUGAACAGGGGAGACCAGGCUAGUUGCAGCCUCGGGUCUGGUUUCCCUCUAAUGCCUAAUGCCCGGGCCUCCGAAGCCCGGCCUGGGUGCAGGGCGGAGUCGGAGUUUAACGCAGAAGCCAUUUAAAUGUCCCUCAUUGGACUUGGCCCGGCGGUCAGGGCGGGAGCCGUACCACUGAGACGGGAGCCUAGAGCGGUCGCCCCCGCCUCCACUCCUCUCCACUCCUCCCCGCCGCCUCUAUCCCGGAAGUUGCUGAGGGGCGCUCGAAAGCGAGCAGUUCGUCUCGGCGACCUGGAGCGGCCGCGCUUGCGGAGCCGUCACCAUGCCCCUGGCUAGAGAUCUGUUACACCCUUCCUUGGAGGAGGAGAAGAAAAAACAUAAGAAGAAACGGCUGGUUCAGAGCCCAAAUUCUUACUUCAUGGAUGUGAAAUGUCCAGGUUGCUACAAGAUUACUACAGUUUUCAGCCAUGCACAGACUGUGGUUCUUUGUGUGGGUUGUUCAACUGUGUUGUGCCAGCCCACAGGAGGAAAAGCCAGGCUCACAGAAGAGAGCUGUGAAUUCCAUGUUUUCACUGGAAGAGUUACAAGUGAAUUAGCAAUAAUCCAAGAUCAACUUGGUAUUUUUAGGUAAGAGCAGAGUCCAAAGUCAACAUAAGACAUGUAAGAGUUAAGGGUGUGGUGACACAGGCCUUUAAUCCCAUUGCUUAAGGUAGAGGCAGGUGGAUCAGAGUUCAAAGCCAGCCUGGUCUAUGUAGUGAAUUUCAGGACAGCCAGGGCUACACAGAGAACUUAUUUUCAUGCCAUGCCAUUGGAAGCUUGUAUGUACAUGCUAGCAAAUAAAGUCUUCAUGGCAGAGUGCUAACAUCUGAGAACUCUAGUCAAAGUUACUUUUUUGGGAGACUGAAGAUGAAAGGGACUGAGGAAUUGGAGAAUAAGAAUCUUUAAAACAAUUUGAACGAUUGAAUUUGGUUUGUGGUCUUAAAUAGAUUCCAUGGUAUAAUUUGAAAACAAGUAACCAUUGUGUUUAUGUCAGGAUAAACCCAUACACGGUUAUUAUAGCAAAUUUAUAUUAGUCAUAAUAAUAUUCGGAAACUUGUUUCCUAUUUAAAAUCUAACAUUCCUACAUCUAAUCUAAGAUUUCUAAGACUUUUUUUUUUAAUUUAAAAGUACUUUUUGCCACUAAAAUCACACCAAAGAUAGAGUAAGAUGUUUAAUACACUCUUCU